AUGGACGAAUUCGAAGCAGCUGAACGUAGAGCCGCUGAGAACGACGAAAAGAACAUGGGACCAAGCAAGAUCGGUGUGUACUAUCAGAAGUACUUAUUCUGGUGCCAUCUUGUAAUGUGGCUCCUCUUCACCGGUUUCUUGAUUGCUGCCUAUGUCUUGCAAGUUCCCAAAGGUUACAAUCAAGAAAAUCUUAUUCUUGGUUUGAUCUAUGCCUGGUUCACCAUCUAUAUCUUCUUCAGCCAUGUCCCCAAGACCAUUGUUACCAAACCAUGGAUGUUCUGCGUCCGUCUCGUUGCCAAGCCAAUUUACAUGAUCCCUGAGCUGUACCGCAAGAUUGCCUACGGUCUCUUUGUCUUGGCCGUGAUCGUCGUCACUGUCUUCUCCAUGCCCGAACGUCCUGAAUCUAACCGUGUCCAGCGUAUUAUUGCAUUGUUUGGUAUGGUUAUCUUCCUUGGCGGCGUUUUCCUUUGUUCCAAGCAUCACCGUGCUGUCAACUGGAACACUGUUUCUAGCGCUAUUCUUAUCCAGUUCUUGUUGGCUCUUUUCGUGUUCAGAUCUAAACCUGGUCAUGAUAUCUUCAACUGGGCUUCCAAGUUCGCUCAAGGUUAUCUCGGAAAAUCUUCGGCCGGUUCAUCCUUUGUCUUUGGCGAUGCUGCUGUCGCUUCCGGUGUCUUUGCCAUGAACGUGUUCCCUACCAUUAUUUUCUUCGCUGCCACCGUCCAGUGUCUUUACUAUAUGGGUGCUCUUCAGUGGUUGCUCAAGAAGUGUGCUGUUGUCUUCAAGUCCGUUCUCAACGUUUCUGGUGCUGAAGCUGUUGUCGCUGUCGCCUCUCCCUUCUUGGGUCAGGGUGAAAACGCUCUUCUGAUUAAGCCUUUCAUGCCUUACUUGACCACCUCUGAAAUGCAUCAAGUCAUGACUUCUGGUUUUGCUACUAUUUCUGGCUCCGUGUUGUACGGUUACAUUGCCAUGGGUGUUCCUGGUGACGCCUUGUUGACUUCUUGUGUCAUGUCUAUUCCCUGCUCCCUUGCCAUCUCUAAAUUGCGUAUGCCCGAAGUUGAUGAACCCUUGACCAGCAAAGAGGUCCGUAUUCCUCCCAGUGACGAAAAGCACGCCAAUAUUCUUCACGCCGCGGGCGGUGGUGCAGCUAUUGGUAUCAACAUUGUCUUGCUGAUGAUUGCCAACUUGGUCUCUCUUCUUGCUCUUUUGGAAGCCGUCAAUGCCGGUUUAACCUGGGUUGGUAACUUCAUCACUAUCCAUGAGUUGACUCUUCAGUUGAUCACCGGUUACAUCUUCGUCCCUGUGGCCUGGCUUAUUGGUGUUGACAACCAGGAUCUCGUCAAGGUCGGUCAAUUGUUGGCCUGGAAGAUUUGGGCCAACGAAUUCGUCGCUUAUCAGCGCAUGGUCGACCUCUGGGAGGCUGGUGAACUGACCGCACGUUCUCAUCUUGUUACCAUUUACGCUCUUUGCGGUUUUGCCAACUUGGGUUCCGUCGGCAUGCAAAUCGGUAUCUUGAGUUCCAUGGCUCCCAAGCGUUCCGGUGAAAUUUCCCGCUUGGCUGUUUCCUCCAUGUUGUGCGGUGCUGUCAGUACCUGGGUUUCUGCAUCUAUUGCAGGCAUGUUGCUUUAG